AUAUAAACCCCCCUUACCCUCGUCUUAUUUUCUCGUCAUCUAUACUUCGAUUCGAUCUGUCUUCUUUCUUGGGGUUGAAGGAGUUUGGCGAUUUUAGCAACUUAUCUUUCAUUCAAACAAAGUUCAUGGUUGAUAUAGAAGUUCAGAUCCCAUCUGCUUUCGAUCCAUUUUCCGACGUCGAUCAAGAUUCCGGUGGUGGUGCUGGUGUUAAAGAGUAUGUUCAUAUCCGUAUACAACAAAGAAAUGGUCGGAAAAGCUUGACGACGGUUCAGGGUCUGAAAAAAGAGCUCAGUUACGAGAAAAUCCUCAAAGAUCUGAAGAAAGAAUUCUGCUGCAAUGGCACAGUUGUUCAGGAUAAAGAACUCGGCAAAGUGAUCCAGUUACAAGGCGAUCAGCGUAAGAACGUAUCUGCGUUCUUGACCCGAGCUGCAAUCGUGAAGAAGGAUCAGAUCAAGAUUCAUGGUUUUUGAAACGGUUGCGAUUAUUAUAUAACGUUGUGUCGGUGUGUUCUCCGGUUGAUUUCAGUUUUCAUGUUUAGUGUGGUUUCUACGUAUGUGUAACUGGAUGGUGUUUACGCGUUUGGUUGAUUAUGAUGAAAUAAAAAUGCUUAGUAUUGAUUUACGUUGCUA